AAAAAAAAUUAAAAAAAAAAUGAAAAAUGGAAAAGAGUGAAAAAUGGGAGAGAGUUUGACUGCGUCUUUCAGUAUUGACAUCAUUCAUAUUUCACUGGAAGAUGAAGAGGAAGAUGCAGAUAUUAUUAUUGAAUAUUUAUUAUUAUGAUGAUAAAUAAGCCGGGUCAAAGCAGACUGAGCAUGACACUGACCCUUUUGGAUGCCUUUUCUCCAUAACCCUCCAAAAUACAAAAUUCCAAGUCUUCAACCUUACUUUCCUUCCGGUUUAUGUUUCUUGUUUAAGGCGGAGAAGAAGAAGCAGCAGCAGAAUUGCAAGGCUAAGACGUGAGUGAAAAACAUGAUUAAUAGAAGCUCUGAUGAACUUCUGUCGGAUCUUAUUGAAUCAACCCGUGAAGUUACUUCUUUGGCUCAAAGUUCAAAGAUUGAAACAGAAAUGUUCAAUGAAUUUUCUCUUUUGGUUGAAAAUUUUGUACCAAUUUUCAAUGAUCUAAGAGAAAAUAUCAAGUUUAUGCAUCAUCCACCAAUACAAAAAGCUGUAGAGUCACUUGAGAAAGACUUUAGGCGUGCCAAAGCUAUGAUCGUAAACCCCAGUUCAAGAACAUUGGUUAAACAAAUAGAGGACACAGUUCAAGAUCUUGGGAGGUCAUUAGGCCUUGUGCUCUUUGCUAGUCUUGAAUUAUCUGCAGAGUUUAAGGACAAGGUUGGGGUAUUGUACAAAGAUUUGAUGAAUGCCCGAUUUGAUCGGAGUUCAGCUCCAAGUCCUAGUUACCAUUCUGAAUUUCUUAGUGAGAUAGAAGUGGAAGAUGAAAUAGAGAGGGAAAUAAUUACUCUUUCUGAUGAUGAUGUUGUUUUGCAAGUAAGACAUGGGAAUGAUGAAGAACUUUAUUUGGCGCUUUUGGCAUUGAAGGAGUUGACUGAAGGGAAGAAGGUUGAAAAUGAUUGGAUUGUUAAUGAGGGAGUCAUACCUAUUCUGUCUAGCCGCUUGAGUUCUAGUAAGCCGGAGAAUCGGUUGAUCAUAAUUCGGUUACUGAGAAGCCUUGCUUUGGAUAAUUCUGAAAACAAGGUAAACAAUUUGCAGAAGAAGAUGGCAGAAGUGGGAAUUUUGACGACGUUGGUGAAAUCUUUGAUACGAGAUGAGGAGGAGAGCCGUGAAGCUGUAGGGCUAUUAUUGGAUCUUUCAGAGCUUCCUGCAGUUCAUCGACGGAUUGGCAGAAUUCAAGGGUGUAUUGUUAUGUUGGUUGCUUUGUUAAAUGGGGAUGACUCUGUUGCUUCACGAAAUGCGGGGAAGUUAUUGAAUUCCUUGUCUAGCAACACUCAAAAUGCACUUCAUAUGGCAGAAGCUGGCUAUUUUAUGCCACUAGUGCAAUACCUAAAAGAAGGUUCAGACAUGAGUAAGAUUCUCAUGGCAACAGCACUUUCAAGGAUGGAGCUUACAGAUCAAAGUAGAGCUUCCCUUGGAAAAGACGGUGCAAUAGAACCCCUUGUCAGGAUGUUUAAUACUGGAAAGCUUGAAGCCAAGUUAUCUGCUCUAAAUGCAUUGCAGAAUUUGUCAAGUUUGGCAGAAAACGUUCAACGUCUGAUAAGUUCAGGCAUUUUAGCAUCUAUCCUUCAGCUUCUCUUCUCCGUGACCUCUGUUCUUAUGACUCUUCGAGAGCCUGCAUCAGCAAUUCUCACAAGGAUUGCCGAGUCAGAAUCUAUUCUUAUUAAUCAAGAUGUUGCUCAGCAGAUGUUUUCACUCUUAAAUCUUUCGAGUCCGGUAAUUCAGAGUCAUCUAUUGCAAGCACUCAAUAGCAUUGCUUCCCACGCUAAUGCAUCCAAAGUUAGAAGGAAAAUGAAGGAAAAUGGUGCAAUGCAGCUUCUCUUGCCCUUCCUGAUGGAAACUAACAUCAAAAUCAGGAGCAAUGCCUUGAAUUUGCUUUACACUCUCUCUAAAGAUUCACCAAAAGACUUGACAGAACAUCUAGGAGAAACUCAUAUCAAUAUUAUCAUAGAUAUUAUCCAAUCUUCGGCAUCUGAGAGUGAAAAAGCUACGGCAGUUGGUAUACUAGGAAAUUUCCCCAUUAGUGAUAAGAAAGCCACUGAAAUUCUUAAGAGGGCAAACUUUCUAUCCCUUAUUGUCUCCAUAUUGACUUCAAGCUCUUCAACUUCAAAACCUAAAACAGGGUUAUUGGCAGAAAGCAUUGCAGGCGUAUUAAUUCGAUUUACAAAUCCUUUGGAUAAGAAACUACAGCUGUAUUCAGCAGAGCAAGGCGUGAUUCCUUUGCUCGUGAAGUUGCUCUCAAGUGAGUCACCAGUUGCUAAAUGCAGAGCAGCAACCUCACUUGCUCAAUUAUCACAAAACUCACUAAAUCUAAGAAAGGCUAGGACCUCAAGGUGGUUGUGUGUUCCUUCUACAGAAGCAUUUUGUGACGUUCAUGAUGGUUACUGCUUUGUGAAGAGUACAUUUUGCUUGGUCAAGGCGGGUGCUAUACCUCCGAUGAUUCAAAUAUUGGAAGGCAAAGAUAGGGAAGUAGAUGAAGCUGUACUCAGCGCCCUGACGACUCUCUUGCUAGAUGAAAUUUGGGAAAGUGGAUGCAAUUUCAUAGUCAAAUUGUCAGGAGUUCAAGCCAUUGUUAAAGUCCUAGAAUCAGGUAAUUUAAAAGCUCAAGAGAAAGCUUUAUGGAUACUUGAGAGGAUAUUCAGAAUUGAAGAACACAGAGUAAAAUAUGGUGAAUCUGCUCAGGUGGUGCUUAUUGAUCUUGCUCAGCAUGGUGAUUCCACAUUGAAACCAACAAUUGCAAAAUUAUUAGCACAGCUUGAGCUCUUGCAGUUUCAAUCUAGUUAUUUUUAAGAAAAGUCAUGCUUCUGAUUUUUUUUAUCCAUACAUCCAUAUUCAUUCAACAUCUUUUCUUGUGCGUAUUCAGUUUUUAUACAAUAUAUUUGACCACUUCUUGGAUCAGCCAUAGGUAUCUGUGUGAUGUAAAUGGAGAAAAAAUGAUUGAAUAUGAACUUUGGAAUUUUCUCUCAUAUAAUACAAGAAUGACAAGUUCUGCUGUGU